UCAGAUGCAAGCCAUAGUUUUGAUGACAUUAAUGAGCACGUUUGUUCAAGGCUUUCGUAUUGAUAAUAGUAAUAAUGUGUUGGAGUAUGAUGAGACAGCUUUUCAAGUGCUACCUUUCCCAUUACCUUAUAAUGAGUAUGAACCCACACGACGUGAAGAACACAUCCAGAAAAAAGAUCUCCUAGAACCAGUUGCCAAUGAUUUGAGUGUGGUUCCUGCGAUUUCUAACGUUCUCCGGCUCUUCAAAGGUGGCAUAAAUUUCUUACUGUCAAACUUACCCGUGGUGUUAUUUGGGACAGUUGCAGCAUUUGGAGCUUGUGCGCUGACACCAAUAUGCAAUACGCGAAUUUUGGAUAUGCUACCGACGGCAGAUGACCUUCAGAACAUAUACAGAAACCCAGAACGAUUGACUAGAGCUGCUGAGUUCGUGGAAACUGCUAUAAGAAAAUUUCAGGCUUUCAACAAAUAAUGACCUACAGGAUAAUGCACAAGAUACUGCUAGUGCGUAACCGCUAGUCAAGUCACAAUCUAGUCUUGAGCGCUGUCAAAUAUGUCAAACAUAAAAAAAUGGUUUGACAGCUAUUGAAACUACAUUUAAGCCUAAGUUUGUAUGAUAUAAUUAUUUGAAU